UAAUAAUGGCAGGUUGAACAACAAUGGUGUUUUUUUUAAAUGCACUCGGCUCGUGAUUGUUGAACUUUGAAAGUAGGUGUCAGGUGGGGCGUUGAAAAUUCUCAAAUGGGUUGCCGUUGAUUUUGAAAAACUUGCAAGCCCUUUUCGCUUUACACCACUCAUCAAUUCAUCCACACCACACCCAGAAGAACCCAUAGCCCGAGAACUCGAGAAGGUUCGAUUCAAAGCAAUAGAAGAGCAAUGAACUAGGCAACAGAUGGUUAAAGGAAGAACGGUGCAUCCAGACUGCAUUGACGCAUCAAAUUCUGAUUGUCACUGUGUUCUGCUAUAGAAGAAUUGCUGAGGCUACAAUGGGGAAGGCCAGAAAAAAAUCAGGUUUUCUUGCUCUAUUUGUUCCUUUUUAAUCAGCAUGAUGAAAUCUGUGAAAUUUUUUAGUUUUGUAUUUAGUCUAUUUGGGUGCUGCAUUCGAGCACUGUUGCUGGUUAUGGUUUCGUUGACAGGUAAACUGCUAACGAAACUUCAAAAAUUACUUUUCCAAUUUUCUGCUAUCCAAAUAAUUAAUCUGAUCACAGGUCUGUAUUUUGAAGUUUUGUGUUGAUUAUUGAAUAAUAUUGUGACAUGCAUCCAUGUGUUUUUUUUAAUGACAUGAGAGGUUUGCACAUAGACCAAAAUUUUAAAGUUUUAUGGAACUCAUUUUGUGUAUAAAGUCAACAAUUGUUUUCUCUUGUACAAAAUCCUAAGGUGUUUUUGAAACAAUUGUGCCUCGACAUAGAACUUCAUAUGAGAUUCUGGAAGGAAUUGUAAACCAGCUGGAUAAAGGAAAAUAAGGUUCUUCAACUUUACUAUGUUGUUGGAUUAGGUAGUUUUUUUUUUACAUCUGCAGGUACAUCUUUAACCAUUUACUCAACAAUGAUCGAAAAUUUAAAGUUCUUGUUUUAGAGAACAGUGGUGGCAAAGAAGAAAGUGAGCUUCAUAAAAAGAUGGUAAAUUAAAAAUAGUGCAUGCAGAUUGCACUAAUGCAUCUCAUCCCUGUCACUUUUGUGCUGAAUAUUGCUUUGAAAGAAUAGCUAAAAUGAAAGCCCAGUUAGACAAAUGGGGUGGCAUAGAAGAUGAUGAACCUCACAAAAAUACCACAAAAGAAAGAAGAGUGCACUCAGAUUGCAUCAAUGCAUGUAAUCCGUACCAUGUAUGUGCUGAAUAUUGCUUUGCUUCUGCUAAAGCGGGCAACCAGAUGGACAAGAAAGGAUCAGACAUCCAUGUUGGUAAAGAAGAAAGGGAACCUCACAAAAGGACAACAAAAGAAAGAAAGGUGCACCCAGAUUGCCUUAAUGCAUCUAAUCCCUACCACGUGUGUGCACAAUAUUGCUUUGAAAGAAUUGCUAAAUCCAACGCCCAGAUGGAUAAAAAAGAGACAGGCAACUGUGUUGGCGUUGAAGACAGCAGACUUCCCAAAAAGUUGGCAAAUGGAAGAGGAGUGCACCCAGAUUGUGUCAAUGCUUCGAAUCCCUAUCACGUGUGUGCUGAAUACUGCUUUGAAAGAAUUGGUAUAGCAAAUACCCAAAUGGAUAAAAAGGAGUCAGUUCCCAUCUUUUCUGGUUCUUCUCAUAGAUCAAGCAAGAGAAAGAAGAAGGGAGCUAAAUCUCUACUUACCCCAUCUGAAGUCACAGAUAAUGUUCCUGUCCAAACUAAAGAUCACUCAGCUGAUGUUUCAUCAACGUCAUCACUUUCUUCUUCCAAGAAAGGAGAGGAAUCAGGGAACGUUGAGGCUAUUUCUUCUUCUCAGCGAUAUUCUGAAGAAACCAGUGCUCAAGGACCCCUUGUUGAUGGAGGGCAAGUUCAACUCUUCCAAUUGGUACCCAAAUCUGGAAUUAUCACAAUGAUGGAUGGCCCAAAGGAUAUUUUUAUCACAGCAGUGUCAGAGGAAAAUGAUAAAUCAAAUAAACAAGGAGAGGACCUGGGAGAAGGCAUUACUGCUAGUCCUUUUGUUGGGUCUAUGAGCUCUACUAUCACGGAUGUGAUGCCUCCCUUCGAAGAUAGUGAUGAGGAAGGGGAUGAGUCUAUGAUUUCUAAUUCCAAGGUGCUGGUGGGAAAAUACCAUGUCAAAGCAAGCAACUCUUCUAUCCUGCAGUCAAUCUUUAGCAAAUAUGGAGAUAUAGCAGCCAGCUGUCUACUUGAAUCAACUCUCAUACGCUCUUAUUAUUUGGAUUGUGUAUGUUUUGUGGUUCAAGAGUUGCAAUCGAACUCAUUUUUGCAGCCGACUAAGUCCAAGAUUAAAGAGUUAUCUGCUAUUCUCAAAGACGCAGAAUCUUCCCAAAUCAAUGUUGGCUGGCUACAAUCUAGACUUGACGAAAUCACAGAAGCCAUGGAGCUCCUUAGCAGCCACCGAGUGAUGAGGGAAGCGAAGGCCAAGUGCAAUCAAUCUUUGGAGUCAACAAGGAAAGAGCUGGCAUCCCUCAUGGAAGAUUUGGCCCAAAAAGAGAAGGAGGUUGCCGAUGUUCAGGCUCAAGUUCUGGAGACGCAGAAGCGACUUGGGGAACUUGAGCUUGAAUCUAUUCAACUGGAUGAGUCUUAUUCAACUAUUAGGUCUAAGGUUGAGAAUCUGCAUCUCAAGCCCAUUUCAGAUGAACUCUUACAAAGCAAUUGAGAUGCCAGUCAGUCAUCGCUUGUGAAAUUAUAUGUUCAUCUUUGCAUGUUGGUUUAGUUUAAUUGUACUGUGGAGUCUGAACCUUUGCUAUAUGUUAAGCUGAAAUGGUUCUCUGGUGUGGUGUACUCAAAAGUUAUAUUGAAGCUAUUAAAGUGUUGCUAUGCCUUUCAGAUACAA